AUGGAAGACAGGAAGAAAGAUUCCCCCAAGCUGAUAAAAACCAAACAGCCUGUGAAAACAGAGUGGGGAGCCCAGUACGCAGUGUUUACCUACUUCCAAGGAGACAUCAACAGUGUGGUGGAUGAGCAUUUCUCCAGAGCUCUGAGCACGGCCAAGAACCCUCAGGAUUUGAGCAGAAAGAGCAGCAGUACAGAUGUGAUUGUCAAAAACGAGAGCCACAUGUCUCCCCCUCAGUGGAGUUUCUCACCUCCCUGGGUGAAGCCCUAUGACACCUCGACGCCUUUAAACCUGUCCAAUGCUGACCACGCCUCAGCGGCUGCUACGGCAACAGACCCCUUCCAGCCAUCAGCUCUGCAGGGCCUUCCUCCCCAGGCUGCAGAGCUAUGGAACCUGCCUUUGGUGGGCGAUCCAAAUUUGACUGUGGCUUCAGGCUACCCUCCCUCUAUGCCUGACCUACAUAUGGCGCAGAGGUCUGCGUCGGAUGGGAAAUAUGGGUCGCUGCUGGGUCUUUUGCAACAGGAGCGGUGCCCUCCGCCGGGUCAGGCGCCGUCGGAUGCCGGCUCUUCUUGUAUGACAGGCUCGACUAGCUUGCACAAUAUGAGCCAGAGUUUAACUUCUGGGGCAGACCAGCUGUCCUCCAACUGA